AUGUCUCUUCAGGUUGCUGCAGAUAGUGGAGAUCUAGAGACCGUGAAGUUGCUUCUGGACCAUGGAGCAGAUGCCAACAUCCAGGCUGGUGAACAUGGAACUGCUCUCCAGGCUGCUGCACACCAGGGAUAUCAAGAUAUUAUAAAGUUGCUUCUGGACCAUGGAGCAGAUGCCAACAUUCAGGGUGGCAAUUAUGGAACAGCUCUACAGGCUGCUGCCUUUAGUGGAGAUCAAGCGAUUGUGAAGUUGCUUCUUGACAGCGGAGCAGAUAUCAAUAGCCAGGGUGGCUAUUAUGGAAAUGCUCUCCAGGCUGCUGCAUAUAAAGGACACCAGGAGAUCGUGAAGCUGCUUCUAGACCAAGGAGCUGAAAUCAAUAUCCAGGGUGGCCAUUAUGGAACCGCUCUCCAAGCUGCUGCAUACCAGGAACAUCAAGAUAUUGUGGAGCUGCUUCUGGACCAUGGAGCAGAUGUCAACAUUCAGGGUGGCAAUUAUGGAACAGCUCUACAGGCUGCUUCUUUUAGUGGAGAUCCAGCAAUUAUGAAGCUGCUUCUAGACCGGGGAGCUGAAAUCAAUAUCCAGGGUGGCCAUUAUGGGACUGCCCUCCAGGCUGCGGCUGCUUCCUUUAUAGGACACCAGGAGAUUGUGAAGCUGCUUCUAGACCAAGGAGCUGAAAUCAAUAGCCAGGGGGGUUAUUAUGGAACCGCCCUCCAGGCUGCUGCAUAUAAAGGAUACGAGGAGAUCGUGAAGCUGCUUCUUGACCAGGGAGCUGAAAUCAAUAGCCAAGGCGGCUAUUAUGGAACUGCUCUCCAGGCUUCUGCCUUUAGUGGAGAUCAAGCGAUUGUGAAGCUGCUUCUGGACCAUGGAGCAGAUAUCAACAUCCAGGGUGGCAAUUAUGGAACAGCUCUACAGGCUGCUUCCUUUAGUGGAGAUCAAACAAUUGUGAAGCUGCUUCUAGACCGACGAGCGGAAAUCAAUAGCCAGGGUGGCUAUUAUGGAAAUGCUCUUCAGGCUGCGGCUGCUUCAUUUAUAGGACACCAGGAGAUUGUGAAGCUACUUCUAGACCGGGGAGCUGAAAUCAAUAGCCGAGGGGGCUAUUAUGGAACCGCCCUCCAGGCUGCGGCAUAUGAAGGAUACCAGGAGAUUGUGAAGCUGCUUCUUGACCAGGGAGCUGAAAUCAAUAUCCAGGGUGGUCAUUAUGGGACUGCCCUCCAGGCUGCGGCUGCUUCCUUUAUAGGACACAAGGAGAUCGUGAAGCUGCUUCUAGACCGGGGAGCUGAAAUCAAUAGCCGAGGGGGCUAUUAUGGAACCGCCCUCCAGGCUGCGGCAUAUGAAGGAUACCAGGAGAUUGUGAAGCUGCUUCUUGACCAGGGAGCAGAUAUCAAUAUCCAAGGUGGUAAACAUGGAAAUGCUCUUCAGGCUGCUGUGAUUGGGCAAAAACACCAGACUGCAAAACUACUUCUUAACAGGGGAGCAGAUGUCCAAUAUUCAGUGGCAGGGGCGUUUGAUGUACCAUUACUGCAUGCUCCAGUUGAAUCUCGCAAUCAAACCUUGCUUGAGUUGCUUCUUGUGCCAGCCGCUGCAGCUCUUGUAAAUGCACCUGACUUCCUUGGCCGAACCCCUAUUCAUUUGGCCGCUACUAACGGGGACAUUGGUAUGCUUCAAACUCUCUGGAAUUUCAGUCCGGACUUGAUUGACCUCAACUGUCAAGACAUUGAUGGAUUCACGCCACUCCAUUGUGCUGUCAAGAACCACACUUCCGAAGCUGUGAAGUGGCUUAUCAAGCAAGGGGCUAUGGUAGAGGCCAAAGAUUUUACCAUGACAACGCCGCUUCAACUGGCAUCUCAACUAAGGAAUUUUGGGAUCUUUUGCCGCCUUCUUUCCGAGGUGACUGAGGUUAAGAUGAGCGCCUCAGAAUUGCGGGAAUAUUUCUCCAGAUUCAGAAGAAAACAAAUACUUCUCUAUCGCAAUAUGAGAGAUGAGAAUUCUAUCCAAGCUAUGGACUACCAAGAGGUGGUUCGAUAUUUUGACGCCCUGUCAUAUCAAUUAGGGCUUUCAACUUCUGAUGUAGAGGAGAGAUAUGCAGAAUGUAUCACAACUCUCCCUGUGCAACAGUCAAUUGUGAUCUUCGACAGAAAAGCAAUCCCCGGCUUUCUUGAAUGUCACAUGGUGCUCCCUGUGUACCUGCCCAACGACAUCACGUCCUCUGAGAAUACGUCCUUUGCGAUCCCAUCUUCUAAGCAUGUCAUUACUUGGAUUAUGGUCAAGAACGCCAAAGAUAAGACAGAGCCGCAGGAACAGCAGAGUCUGAGACCGAAGAUAUUUCUCAGCACUCUUGAAUAUGCUGAGAUUCCUAGAUCCGAAUUGGAGCUGUUAAAUUAUUGUCUUCAACAGCUUGAGCAAGAAUGGAGUAGCAUAUGCCGUGCCGCAGAAGACCACCUCGCGCAGAUGCAUGAAGAAACACUGGAUAAGAGCGGUCAAAAUCCGAAAAUCAUCAAGCAGCAUUUAAGUGAUGCAAGAACAUGGGCUAGUUUAGAAGCAACUCGAUCACAACAGGCUAUGAUCCUUCAAGAGCUUUGCAAGACUUAUAACACAUCUGCGUGGCCCUAUCUACAAGAUUCUUGGAGUGAUCAAGACAGAUUCAAGUUUCAAAAGGACAUAGAAGGAACGUAUGACAGGAUCAGGAUGCAGAUCGCGCAACUAAAACAGAAAUCCCGGGAACUUAUUUAUCUGGAAUUUAGCCUGACAUCAAUCGCCGAGGCUCAGAAGUCUACAUCCAUGAAUCGCAGUAUGAAGCGCCUUAGUUGGAUUACUACUAUUUUUGGAAUGAACGUGGAUCUUCUUGAGUCUAAUCCUGCUUGGUGGUUAUACAUGUUCUUCGCACUCGGCACCGCUGCUGUGACGAUUUCUGUGUGGAUACUCUUCAAGAGGAACCCAAAGUUAGAUAGCGUAGAAAGCCACUUUCAAUGGUUACUCCGCAAGCAAAAACUUCGGGAUGAAGAGUUAGGUAUUGCGGAGAGGAGAAGGAGAACCAGGCAAUUCCCAGGUUCUGGGAAAAAGCGGUCAUGA